GGAAUAAUGGCGAAAAGAUUAGGUAAGAGAAAAAUUGGUUCAGAAUGCAGGGCAUUUAACCUGCAGUGGAAAAACAAUUUUUUUUUUUUUGUUCAAUGCAAAGAAAAGGCCGUAUGUCUCAUCUGUCAAGAGGCGGUGGCGGUAUUCAAACAAUACAAUCUACGGAGACACUAUGAAUCCCGUCAUAAAGACAAGUAUGAUAGCUUGCAAGGCCAAAUGCGAGCAGACUUAACUCUUAAAACUAAAAGGUGGACUGUUAGCACAGCAGAAUACAUUUGUACGCCAAGCUCAGCUGAACCAGUCAUCUGUUCGGGCCAGCUUUCGGGUUGCUCAACUGACAGCAAGCAGCGGUAAACCUUUCACUGAUGGAGUUUGUCAAGAAAUGCAUAAAAGCUGUCAUGGAGGUGUGUCCUGAGAAGAAAGACAUCUUUAAUGCCGUGAGUCUAUCAGCCAGUACAAUCACCAGACGCAUUGAAGAAAUCGAGGGUAAUGUAUGUAUAUGACCAGCUGCAGCAGAAGGCGAAAGAGUUGCGGGUUUUUUACCGCAGUGAAGUUAGUUUCAAGUUGGAUAUUCGAUAUUCGAGCUCCGCGGAGUAAGCGGCGUUUAGCUCAAGGUUGAUCCGAUUUAUGAACGCUACUGUCGGCCAGCGGUUCUCCACCGCUCCCGGCCCGAGCUCCGCGGAGUAACCGACGUUUAGCUGAAAGUUGAUCCGAUUUCGGAACGCUACUCUCGGCCAGCGGUUCUCCACCGCUCCCGGCCCGAGCUCCGCGGAGUAACCGACGUUUAGCUGAAAGUUGAUCCGAUUUCGGAACGCUACUCUCGGCCAGCGGUUCUCCACCGCUCCCGGCCGCAGCGCCCGAAGGUUCACUUAGGGACUAUCAACAAAUUACUGAACCUAACAUUCCUGUCAAAGAAAUAUAAUGUUUUCUUCAAUAGCUUCCAGGUCAUGUGACCUAUUGACUCAAAAUCACUUUGGAAUAAUUAUACUAGUCUCUUUAAUUGAGGCACAGUCAUUUGUUUUCCAUUUUAAAUCAUUUUCAAUUUUUAAUUAAUUUUUUUCAUCAAAAUUGAGUGUUUUUCUUCAAUAGCUUCCAGGUCAUGUGACCUAUUGACUCAAAAUCACUUUGAAAUAAUUCUAAUAGUCCCUUUAAUUGAGGCACAGUCAUUUGUUUUCCAUUUUAAAUCAUUUUCCAUUUUUUAGGAAUUUUUUUUCUUCAAAAUUGAGUGUUUUUCUUCAAUAGCUUCCAGGUCAUGUGACCUAUUGACUCAAAAUCACUUUGAAAUUGUUCUACCAGUCUGUAUAGAUGAGGCACAGUCAUUUGAUUUCCAUUUUUAGCCAUUUUCCAUUUUUUAGGAAUUUUUUUCUUCAAAAUUGAGGGUUUUUCUUCAAUAGCUUCCAGGUCAUGUGACCUAUUGACUCAAAAUCACUUUGAAAUAAUUCUAAUAGUCCCUUUAAUUGAGGCACAGACAUUUGUUUUCCAUCUUAAAUCAUUUUCCAUUUUUUAGGAAUUUUUUUCUUCAAAAUUGAGGGUUUUUCUUCAAUAGCUUCCAGGUCAUGUGACCUAUUGACUCAAAAUCACUUUGGAAUAAUUCUAAUAGUCUCUUUAGAUGAGGCACAGUCAUUUGUUUUCCAUUUUAAAUCAUUUUCAAUUUUUAAUUAAUUUAUUUCAUCAAAAUUGAGGGUUUUUCUUCAAUAAGAUGAAGAUGGCCAUCAUACAGCAGAAGCACAGCACAGCAAAAGUGACAAAAGCAACAGCAUUAUUGCUAACUCACCAUUUACAAAGACUUUCCAAGUUUUACGGGACCAAGCUCAGGUUGACAUUCUGUCCGAGGAAUCAGAGAUCACAGAAAAUCAUUACUGCUGUCCUGGUAUAGUUGAUGUGCUUGUGAAGAACUACAUGGGAAUCAUCCCACUGUGGAGCGGAAUGUUACUUGGCGACUUAACACGGUACAAAACACCCACAUCUGCUGCAACAAAUAAAACAAGCAAAUCAAGAGAAACAAACUGCCAUGUGGAGUUGUGGUUUGGCUUGGUAAAAAAGAACAUCUUGGCCAAAAAAAAGUACCUCAGACCAGCAGACUUCAUCACAAAAUUGUAUACAUCUUUACAAGGUCGGUAUGUUGAACAUGUUAUGCAGCAUGGUCUGCCAGACAAACUUCUGGACCAAACUGUCAGAGUUUUGAAUAAACCGGCAGAUGAUCCCAAAGAAAAAUGGAACAAGAGGGAAAGUUCUGCUGGUCAGACAAAGACCAAAUCCAAGUAUUUCAAUCCCCCGAAGAUAUUACCCAAUCCCAGAACUUCCAAAGGCCCAAAAAAACAAAUCACCAAAGCUGAAGAUGAUAACAAUAAUAAAGAAUCACAGUUAACCUUGCUUUGGAAAAAGAGUGAUACAGAAGUUGUAGUAGCAGUUGUUCCGUCACAAAUUAAAGGUCGGAGCAUUGUGAUUCAUCAUUCUGACUUGUGCACUCUUCGACCACAUCAAUGGUUGACAGGGGAGAUCAUUGAAAGCCUUCUGCAUGUGGCUGCCCAUGCAUUGGGAGUCAUGGACACCUUCUACAUCCUGAAUCACUACUCAGCUGGUGUGAUUUUGUUCGGGGACAGAACUGAGCUUCCUAGACAAAGUUUACCAAAGGUAAACUUUGACAACUAUGAAGCAGUUCUGUCAUUUGUCCUUGUGAACAACAAUCACUGGAAGUUGCUGUACAUCAAUGCAGAAGCCAGAACUGUAUUCCUAAUAGAUCCUGCACAAGUAUCAUCUGAGCUUGUGGACUCCCAAAAGGCAGCUAAAAGAAUACAAGAAUACUUCAAAAUGAGAAGGACAUGCCAUGGAAAAACAGACUGGGUUGGGAUCCAAUGGAAAGGGGGGACAAUGCGCCACCCUAUUCAACAAGACGGAAGCAGCUGUGGAGUUAUUGUAGUCAAAAUGGCAAAAGCACUGAUGGAAGCCUUCCCUCUGAUGCCAGAUGUAGAUUUUGACACAACAAAAAAGGCAAUGAAAAGUGAAAGAAGAACUCUCGCUCUUCAAAUCCUUGAUGCAUCAGUAUUUGAUGACCACUGUUGGUGUGCGAUGUGCGCUGCAUACAAAGCCCCGGGGUCUGGCCCUGGAAUGACAGACUGGGUGAGAAAUCAAGAGUUGUCAAUGUAAAAUUCAGAAUUAGACACAGGAAAUGACUCUUGGGAGUCAUGAAAUGUUUUAUAUAAUAAAUGACAAGCAAUUAAACACCAAACUGUGUGACAGGAGAUGAGUAAGUUCAAUACUGCUAAACAUGUAUAUUUUCUUGUAUUUGUGAACAGAUCCAGUGUGACAACUGUGACUGAUGGUACCAUGCCCUGUGCAUAAAUAUGAAGAGCACAGAAUUUCAAAAGAAAAAAACAGGCAGUUGGAAAUGUGUAUUGUGUAGUUAAUCUGAAAACUAGAAACUGUGUUCAUUAUUGUUCGAAAUAUGUUUUGAAAAUAUCUGUGGAAAAUGAAAAUGUAAUAUGUUUGUGUGGCAUAGAUGCUAUGUGUGAUGUAUAAAGUGUACUGGAAUCAUUUCAAAUUGAUAAGUAAUUUUAUGACGUUAUCUGAAAGCUAUUGAGCAACAAUCUUAAACUUUAAGGAAAAGAUUCCUAAAAAUUACAAAAUAAAAACAUAAAACAUAAAUAAAUGUCUGUGCCUCAUCUAAAGACACUAGUAUAAUUAUUUCAAAGUGAUUUUGAGUCAAUAGGUCACAUGACCUGGAAGCUAUUGAAGAAAAA